AUAGCGCGUUUCUUUGGAUGUGGGUUUGUGCGAGUUGCAGUCAAACACAGCUUCACAAAACCAACGGGAAAGGUGGAGUACGACCAAGACAUCAGAUUAAAAAAGUACCCUACAGUUUUUGAAGGACACCUAGAGCGAUAUGAGGUAGACAAGCAUUCUUAUGACAAGCGCUCCAAGAGCCUUGUACACCAUUUUGGAAAAUGGAAGCUAAAAACUAACAAGGAUAAAUACACAGAACAUUUCAGCCCCAGCAACUGGCAAAAACUGAGCGACUACGAAAAGAAGCAACACACUCGCACAAAUUGCGAGGCUUGUUAUACUCAUCACUUUCCUUUUCAAUCUUUAUUUCCCAUGUGGAAUUUCAAAGAAAACUCUUAUUACACAACAAGGAAUUCAGAAGAUCAUUAA